UGUUGCCUGAGAUUUGGGGGUUUUCGAUUUUCUUUGAAUCCAAGUGAUUAGCAUCCAAUGUCUUCAUCAUAUAGUUCAGGGAUGAAUGGUAGCUUCAAUCGGCGUGGAGCAGAAAGAGGACUACCUAAAAAAUGUAGAUGUGGUGCAGAAUCUGUAAUCAAAACUGCAGAUACAUUGAAGAAUCCAGGGAGACUUUUUCAUUGUUGUCCAUAUGGGUCAAAAGAGGAUAAUGGACAUUUGUUCAAAUGGACCGAUAUAGCUAUGGUUGAAGAGAUGAAAGAGGUUGAGGGAGUUGUUGAGAAGAUACAAGCUGAGAUGGAGAGUCUAGCAUGUGAAACACGCACAUGUGAGGCCGUUGCAAGUAGCUAUGAAAAGGAGAUUGAAGCUAUUAAAGCACUUGCAAAAGGAUGUGAGAAAGAGAUUGGAGAGCUCAAAGCUAUGAUCGUUUGCAGUGAGAAAGAGAUCCAAUCUCUACGUUGUUUCAAAAAUAUCAUUGUAUGUAGUGUAGUCUUGUUUGUGGUGUAUGUUUUCAUCUUUUAAGUGUUUGUAUGAGGAAUGACUUUGUUAAGUUAAGAGAAAUUUGUUAGUUUGAAUUGAUUUUGAUUGAGUUUUAGUUUCAGUUUG